CAGCAGGGUGACUCUACUGUUGAUGACUUUUAUGCACAGAGUUCUGCUAUCUGGCGCCAGCUUGAUUCUCUCCGCAGUGCUGGUUGUCGUACUUGCCCCUGCUGCCAGGCUGUCCAGGCCGAUUUGGAGUUUCAUCGCGUCUACGAGUUCCUGUCUCGGCUCCGUAAGGAGUUUGAGCCCCGGCGUGCUCAGUUGUUUGCUCGUGGCCGUAUUUCUCUCAUGGAGGCGCUUUCAGAGAUUCGUGCUGAGGAGACUCGCCUACGUGGUGCUGGUUUGCUGGAGGUUCCCUCUGUGCUCGCUACUCGGGUUUCUUCCACUCCACCUGCUGCACCGCCCCAUUCUCGCUUGAGUGCUCCGCCGCUCUUGCCCACUCCUUCUGGCGGCUCAGGUCGGCCCCGUUCAUAUUGUGACUACUGCAACAAUGAUGGUCAUAUUGAGUCCCAGUGCUACACAAAGCGGAAACACCUGCGCAAGGCGCGAUCACCCUCCUCAGGGACUUCGUCAUCUCCCUCGCCAGCUUCAUCCAUUGCUUUGACCAAGCAGGAUAUUCUGAGACUUAAGCGUCUGCUCGCGGCUUCAGGUUCUUCCUCGACGGGUACUGCUGGUUCUGUGACUGAUGCUUCCCGCACUGAGCACCCGCCCUCUACACAGUCAGGAUCGUCGCACGCACACUCUGGUUGGGGCUGGCCCUCGCCGCCGUGAUUCUCAGGGUCUUU